AUGGAGGUCCUACUUUUCAUCACCGUCAUCGCGUUUCUCUCGAUCCCAACACUCGCAUUGGACAACUCAGUCUCCUCAGAAGCGAUUCUCGCCAGGCGCGGGCAACAGGACAACUACAUUCGGCCACCGCACCAGUUCACGGACCGGCCAGUCGUCGGCGUGCUCACUCUGCCGAUCACCGUUCCGUCGCAGCGAAAGAUCGGCGUGUCGUCGUUCGCCACGUCGUACCAGCGAUGGAUCGAGGCUGGCGGCGCGCGCGUGGUGCCGAUAUUCUACGACUCGACCAAGGAGGAGCUUGACUUCAUUCUUAAUAGAAUCAACGGCGUGUUUUGGACAGGAGGGCUGGUGGACUUCAAUCCGACGGAGGAGGAUCCCGAGGGUUCCAAGUACCUGGCGACGACGGAGUACGUGUGGAAGCACGUGGUCAAGGAGAACAGCAACGGCAACUACUACCCGCUCUGGGGCACCUGCCUCGGCUUCGAACGCAUGUUCCAGCUGUUCGCCAACGACGUGAACGGGACGUGGAUUCGCGAAGUCGACGCGGAGAAUUUCGCCAUCAACCUCGGGUUCACCGCGGACGGCUGGCUGUCGCGGCUCUUCGGCGGGAUGAGCUACGAGCUGUUCAAGCAGGUCGCGUCGCCCCUCGGGGACCUCGCGUUCAACAACCACGGGCUGGGGGUGCAUCCCGACGACUUUCGCGCGUCGCCCGCGCACGAGGUGUUUCGCAUCCUGUCCGUUGACGAGGAUCGCAACGGCACGCAGUUCGUGUCGACCGUGGAAGGCAGGCACUUUCCGUUCUACGGGACGCAGUGGCAUCCCGAGAAGGCCCCUUGGGAGUGGAACCCCAAGCACGAGAUCGCCCAUAACGAGUGGGCCGGCACGUUUUCCAACUAUCUCGGGCGUUACUUUGUAACGGAGUGCAAGUACAACAAGAACCAGUUCGAAAGCGAGUACGAACUCUCCAAAUACCUCGUCGAAAACUGGCCUGCCCGCCCCACGGGUAAAUUCCACAAGAUAUUCAGCGCGUACUCGCAAAUCACAUUCUUUCCGUCGCACAAGCCUGUGUGGGUGCAAAAGGUAGAAGCACUGGAAGCCGAGGGGGUUACAGUGAGCGAGGAGCGAGCUUCCGAAAUGAUGAUGACGAUGAUGCUGGCAAAAAUGUGA